AUGUUAGCAAAUAAUGAAAACUUGGAUAAGCCUGCUUCUUUUGCAGCUAAGGCAGACUCUAUCGACAAAAACAAUAAUAGUUUUACAAUGCCUAAUAUUUUAUGUUAUGGCUGUAAUACACCUGGAUACAUUAAAAGCAAUUGUCCAAACUCUAAACCUAAACCAGUAGACGUUCGCGCUGCAGAUUUUUUGUACAAUACUUUUGAUGAAAACUCAACCUCUUGUUCCGAUUACAAUUUGUGA